UCAGAGUGGGUUUCUUAUCAGACUUCUUCAGGAAACACCUCAGAAUAAAGACGAGAGGAAAACUGAGAAACAACACACGAUUAAAAACAACAAAGCUUUCACUUCAAGUAACUGAACCUUGAUUUCACCGUCAGAAGCAGGUGGCGCUCUGCUCUGACCCAGAUCAAGGACAGAGAGGGGGGAUGAGCCCUGCCCCCUAAAGCCACCAUGACUCAGAGACCAGACUCUGGACCUGGACCUGGACCUGACCUGGGUUUAGGGUCUGUUCAGAGACUCAAGACGUUUUUUGAACACAAUGUUCACAUGCAGCAGUCAGCCGACCACAAGAUUCACCAGCAGGGGGCAGAACUCAGUCAGACCGCAGACAGUCUCAUACGUAGCCAUGGCGACGACAAAGACGACGCCAAAGACGACGCCAGUGCCGGCGACAGAAGUAUUUACGACGUUGGUGGAAGAAAAGAUUCUUCAGCGUCUGUGAACAGCGAAGCAUGUGUGUACGUAGUUACGCUCGAAAAUGACGCACAAGACCACGACGAUGGAAGAAUUGAUGACGUUUACCUGACGGACUCUUCAGCGCGUGUGAAGAGCGAAGGAUCCGUGUACGAACACACGCUCGAAAGUGACGACGACCGAAGUGAAAUAAUGAUUUAUACUGACAUUAUCGAUGAUGUUUACGAGACAAAAGUCUCCUCAGCGCCUGUGAAGAGCGAACGAUCCGUGUACGAAAGCAACGACGAAGACGACGGAAGUAUUUAUGACGUUUACGAGAAAGAAAAGUUGUUAACGUCAGGAACGAGCCAAGGAUCCGUGUACGAACACACGCUCGCCGACGAUGAAGAAUACGAUGAAGAAGACGAAGAAUACGAUGAAGAAGAUGACAAUGGCGACGAUGAAGAAAUUUAUAGAAGUUUUUAUGAAAUUGACGACGCAGUGAAGAACGAGGGAUCGGCGUAUCAACACACCAUAAACGACGACGGGCACUGUCAUGAUGACCAUAAAAGUAUCGACAACAUUUACGACACACCUGAAGGAUCCACGCAGCGUCCAAACUUCUGCGAGGACGGACGCCUGGAUGAUGAAGAACUUUAUCAGGAGAUUCCGGAGUAUUUCAGCGCUCAGUGGAAACAGAAAGAUCUCAACUCCAUAUUUACGCGGCUGGAGGAAAACAUCUCAAAGUUUAUGAAAAGCCAGCUGGCGAGAUUCCAGAGGGCUCUCAGUCCCGACUGCCCAGAAUUCAUGUACUUGGAGAGCCACUGUGAGGACGAAGGCAUGAUCUACAGUGAUGGCGAAGAUCAGAGGAGGAGGUGCAGAAAGGCCUUUCUGAAGAUCACACUGCACUUUCUGAGGAGAAUGGGGAUGGAUGAUCUGGCUAACUCUCUAAAAAACAGAACGAGAGCUGCGGUGUGCCAGCGAAAAAUGAAGUCCACAUUAAAGAAUACGUUUCAGAGUGCAUUGAAGGGAAUUAGUACAACAGGAAAUCAGACCCUCCUGAAUCCGAUCUAUAUGGAGCUCUACAUCGCAAAGGGAGGGACUAACGAGGACAUUCAUGAAUAUGAUGUCAAACAGUUUGAAACAGCUUCUUGUAAACCACAAGACAUCUUUAAAACCUCAGCUGGAAGAGACGGACCAAUCAGAAGAGUGAUGACAAAGGGCGUGGCUGGCAUUGGGAAAACAGUGUUAACACAGAAGUUCACUCUGAACUGGGCUGAAGACAAAAUCAACCAGGACGUACAGUUCAUGUUUCCCUUCACCUUCAGAGAGCUAAAUGUGCUGAAAGAGAAGAAGUUCAGUUUGGUGGAACUCAUCCAUCACUUCUUCACUGAAACCAAAGAAGCAGGAAUCUGCAGGUUUGAAGACUUUAAGGUGGUCUUCAUCUUUGAUGGUCUGGACGAGUGUCGACUUCCUCUGGACUUCCACAACACUGAGAUCCUGACUGACGUCACAGCGUCCACCUCAGUGGACGUGCUGCUGACAAACCUCAUCAGGGGGAAACUGCUUCCCUCUGCUCGCCUCUGGAUAACCACACGACCUGCAGCAGCCAAUCAGAUCCCUCCUGACUGUGUGGACAUGGUGACAGAGGUCAGAGGGUUCACGGACCCACAGAAGGAGGACUACUUCAGGAAAAGGUUCAGAGAUGAGGAGCAGGCCAGGAGAAUCAUCUCCCACAUCCAGACAUCACGAAGCCUCCACAUCAUGUGCCACAUCCCAGUCUUCUGCUGGAUCACUGCAACAGUUCUGGAGAACAUGUUGAAAACCAGAGAUGGAGGAGAACUGCCCAAGACCCUGACUGAGAUGUACAUCCACUUCCUGGUGGUUCAGUCCAAAGCGAAGAAGGUCAAUCACCGUAGACGGUUAAGGCAAGAAAAGAGGAAGAUGAUCGAGUCUCUGGGGAAACUGGCUUUUGAGCAGCUGCAGAAAGGAAACCUGAUCUUCUAUGAAUCAGACCUGACAGAGUGUGGCAUCGAUAUCACAGCAGCUUCAGUUUACUCAGGAGUCUUCACUCAGAUCUUUAAAGAGGAGAGAGGCCUGUACCAGGACAAGGUCUUCUGCUUUGUCCAUCUGAGUGUUCAGGAGUUUCUAGCUGCUCUUCAUGUUCAUCUGACCUUCAUCACCUCUGGAAGAAAUCUGAUGUCACAACCACAAGCAGCAUCACGUUUACCCAGGGUCUUUCAAGAUCAACUUAAACUAAGUCAUCUGCACCACAGUGCUGUGGAAAAGGCCUUGAAAAGUCCAAAUGGACAUCUGGACCUGUUCCUCCGCUUCCUCCUGGGUCUUUCAUUGGAAACCAACCAGACUCUUCUACGAAGCCUGUUGAAACACACAGGAAGUAGCUUAACUAACAAGCAGCAAACAAUUGACUUCAUUAAUGAGAAGAUGAAGGAAAACUGGUCUUCAGAGAAAAGCAUCAACCUGUUCUACUGCCUGAAUGAACUUAAAGACCAUUCUCUAACUGAAGAGAUCCAAAGGUUCCUGAGAUCUGGAUAUCUUGCUUCGAGGACACUGUCUCCUGCUCAGUGGUCAGCUCUGCUCUUCAUCUUACUGUCAUCAGGGAAAGAUAUUGAUGUAUUUGACCUGAGAAAAUACUCUGCUUCAGAGGAGGCUCUUCUGAGGCUGCUGCCGGUGGUCAAAGCCUCCAACAAAGCCUUGUUGAGGGACUGUAACCUCUCAGAGAGAAGUUGUGAAGCUCUGUCCUUAGUCCUCAGCUCUGAGUCCUCUAGUCUGAGACACCUGGAUCUGAGUGACAACCACCUGCAGGAUUCAGGAGUGAAGCUGCUGUCUCGUGGAUUGCAGAGUCCUUACUGUUUGUUGGAGACUCUCAGUCUGUCAGGUUGUCUGAUCACAGACGAAGGCUGCGUCUCUCUGGCCUCAGCUCUCAGCAAGAACCCCUCCCAUCUCAAAGACCUGGACCUGAGCAACAACAACCUGUGGGAUUCAGGAGUGAAGCUCUUGUCUGCUGGACUUGCCGACAUAAACUGGAGACUGGACACUCUUAAGCUGGACAACUGUGGAGAGCGGAGGUUAACUCCUGGUGUGAGGAAACUUUCCUGUGAACUCACACUGGACCCGAAAUCAGCGCAUAAAAACCUCAGACUGUCCGACUGCCACAGGAAGGUGGAUCUGGUGACCAAGCCGCGGCCGUACAUCGACGAUCCAGAGAGGUUCGACGUCUUCUGUCAGCUGUUGUGUAGAAAUGGUCUGAGUGGUCGCUGUUACUGGGAGGUUGAGUGGUACGGACGAGUCGACGUAGCAGUGACCCUGAGAGGAAUCAGAAAGAAAGGAUACAGGAAAGCCUGCAGGUUUGGAGGAAAUGAUCAGUCCUGGUGUCUGAGCUGCUGUGACGACUUUUACUCCGUGUGGCACGACAACAAAGAGACACGCAUCCGCUCGCCCUCCAUCUCUCACAGAGUAGGAGUGUAUGUGGACUGUCUCGCUGGUAUCUUGUCCUUCCACAGAGUCUCUGAUGGCUCACCUAUCCACCUUUACACCUUCAACUUCAAAUUCUCUGACCUACUGUACCCUGGCUUUAGGGUGUGGUUCGGUUCAGUGUCUCUGUGUCAGCAGUGAAACACUGACACUGCAGCGGUGGAAGACGGUUUAAUCAGUGUCUUCUAUUAAAGUCUUGAUAACUGUUGCAACUUGAUUCAGCUGCAUUUUUACGCUCAUUUUAGAACAUUCCUAAUCCUUGGUCAGUCUUUAGCAUUAGUAAUUCGUAUUUAUUGCUAACAUAGAGCCAUUGCUAAUGGAAAGACCAGUUGUUAGAACAUGUUAUUGUACAGACUGAGCUCCAAGAGCAAAACAGUGUGUUCACUUCUUGACAGUAAGAAGCCAAUCAGAGCCUGGUGUAAACCAAAAAGUGGUGUGUUUCCACCGAGUGGAACGGUUUGGUAUGGGACAGGGUUUUUUUUGCAUUUCCAUCAGGAAUAGUACC